GUAAACUUCCGUUAUGACUGACAGCUGUAAUGGAUUUCUAGCAACCUGUAAACAAAUGCCUGAAAUGCAAUUGGACGGCCAUUCAACCGGUAAUUUUUAGCCUUAGCAACAGUAUAACGGUACAAACAUCUUAAGGGAAUGAAAUCUAUCUGAUCUUAUAGUCUUUGGUCAUUUAAACCUGAAAUAAUUCGUGUGUGAAAACACCAUUUCACGAGUUAUUCACUGACCGUGAAAAGUUUGUUUGUCGAACCUCGUUAAAAGUAAAGUUGGGAAAAAAAACUGUGAAAAACAAACUUUCGAAACAUGACGACGAUUGCUUUUGGAGGUGGACCAACUGUGGAACAGAGGAGGUUGUUUGCAUCUUUAAAAGAAGGCACACAAGUACCUGGAUAUCGUGGUUAUAUACCCCAGUUAAAAUAUCGAGUUGGUAAAACAUAUGGCACAGAUACACAUAAAUUACUAGUGGAAAAUGUUCCGAAUGCCAGAAAGACGUUUACAUUAACAGGACCAAUUGACGCACCAUCAUUACGUAAUAAAUUACCAGAAGCAAAUGGAGAAAAUAAAUAUACAGAAAAAAUGGUAUCUGGUUAUACAGGUUAUAUCCCAAGAAUGCCGUUUAAAUUUGGUGGAACAUAUAAAGAAGACUGUGAUGUGUGUAUAGAUGAAUUCCUUACAAACACACAGAAUCAUAACUUUAAGAAUAAAGACUUACAAAGACAGAUAAGAAGUUAUCCUAGAUUAACCGCAAUAUCAUAUGAUCCUGAAGUCCGAGACAAAUUAAAUACAUUUAGAAAUAACACAGCUACAGUUAUUGAAGAUAAAAGACCAUUAGAAGAGGCACCAAUUCCCGGUUAUAAAGGUUAUAUUCCACGUGUGGGUACCACAGAAAUAGGUCUAGGUCACAGAUAUCAUGAAAGUUCUAAAUUAGGCUUUGAAACAUUUGCCCAAGAAACCAGACGCCAUGCUGAGAAUACCUUUAAAGCCGAACCUAUUCUGAUUAAUCGACCAACAACAUCUCGUAAUUUACGAAGUGCACCAAACUUUGGUCGACGUUUAUAUCCUCAUGAUGGUAUGAUUCCAAACUAUACCGGUUAUAUUCCACAAAGACGAUAUGCAUUUGGUAACACAUAUGGAGAUACAACAAGGUCUUUGGAGGUUUGUCGUCAUCCUUUACCUUCUUAUGGUGAAUAUACGAAGAUCAAUCCCAUUGAUUAAACAUCAUUAAAAUAUAGGAUGAAAGAUAAAUGUAUAUAAAAAUAUAUUUAUAUGAAAAUAUAGAUAUUUAAUUUAUAUAUAACAGAAAAACUUUUUAAAAAUAUGGUUGAAUAUUGAUCAUCAACAAGACAUAAAAUACCAUGUAAAUAUUUGAAAUGCUGCAUUAAUAACAGUUACUUGAAGUUAGGCUAAUGUUUGCCUCAUCACUUAUCCAUAGCAGUUAGUCUCUGUUGCUUCUCAUCCCAGAUUCUGCUCUGAUCUGGACUAAAUGGUACUGGUAGUAGGUGUAUAUGGUUACACACAUUGUUGCCUCAAUCGAGCAGUCAUCUGCAUGCGGUUAGAUCUUUUUGAUAAGGCCAACUGCAGCAGAGGCAAAUGGGCUGGAGAAACAGAGACUACAUAGAAUCAAUAUGAUUAUCAUUAGUUCACCAUAAUUUUGUAUGAAUUACAAAGCAGUAGACCAAAAAAAAAUACAUGUACAUUCACAUACCUAAUAGCUUUAGCCAAUGGCUUGUAAUGCUUCCUAUGACAUGGCCAUCUACCAUUCAUGUAUUAUUGUUGUUGUUGCAUUUAAAUUUUGUUAACAAUCUUCAGGCCAAACCAAAUUAAUCUUUAGUUCUUCAGGCUUCUGAUCAAUAUAUAGUCACUUCGAGUCUUCUGAACAAUUUUUUUGUUUAAAAGUUCCAAACUGUGAAAGCUUUUAAGAAGAGCAAUCAAAUACUAUUCAUUUUUUUUCCCACCAAGAUAUAAGCUAAUUGUAGGCCGGUUGGGGAGGUUUGGGAAUUUCCAGAGACCAACAUGGCUGCUUUAUAUAAAUGAGUAUUUUGGGGAAUACUAACCCUAAUCCUUUUUUUCCCACCAAGAUAUAAGCUAAUUGUAGGCCGGUUGGGGAGGUUUGUGAAUUUUCAGAGACAAAAUGGACACUUUAUAUAAAUGAGUAUUUUGUGGAAUACUAACCCUUACCCUAACAUUUUAAAAGAGGGGUAAAAUGUAAAUUGAUCCAAAGUCUUCUAAUUACGGUUAGUAUUUCCCAAAAUACUCAUUUAUAUAAAGCGGCCAUUUUGGACUCCAGAAAUUCCCAAACCUACCGACCUACAAUUAGCAUCUCCCAGUUUGAUUAGGUGUUACGGAAGAACAAAUGUUCCAGUUAGUUAGGCAAGGCCUUAACUAUAGCGUCAAGAGAACUGAUUUAUGUACAUUACUUUAGCCAAUAACUUUUAAUACUUCCAAUAACAUGGUAGUCUAUAAUUUAUGUAUUGUUGUUACGUUUAAAUUAAAUUUAGAGUGGACGUCAAAUAUGGCUUCUGAAAAUUUUUAUAUUGAUUUGUUGAGAUAACAUGAUCAAGAUUUGAAAUACAUUAUUAACAUAUAACCUUUAUUAAAAUUCAUAUAUUUCAUAUUCAUGUUCACUCAUUUUGAAUUCUGUCUCAAAGUGCUUUGUCUCUUAUUUCGUAACUAUUUAGCAUUUUCGGUAAUUUUUCUGGGGUUGUUUUUGUUUUUUUCGAAGGGUAGCAAACAGGACAAAACUUUUGGUGCAAUCUCUAGUACAUGAAAUAAAUGUGUUCAUAAAAUUAAAGAAAUUACCAAUAAAAGGAAGUUGUAUUUAUUUUCACAUUGUAUUUAGAUCCAGUCCUGUGAAUUUAAACUUAACCAUGUGUUGACAAGCAUUAUAUAUAUAUUUAUAUGUAUUUUUUUUUUUUUUUUUUCAUAUUUAUUGUACUUAGUGUACGAAUAAAUUUAUUAUUAUUAAUUUCAAGACAGAUUUUAUCAAUCUGAUUAGAAUACAGAUUCAUAUUUCAUUUCGUUUUUGUAUACUUUUGAUGGCCUCCACUACAUGAAGGUCUGACCGAUUGAAGUGGGUGGUUGCUUCUGGGGUCAUACAAGCAGGUUUUGACCUUAUGACGUCAGACAUUUAACCAAUCAGCGUUGAUAUUGUUUCUAGUGGGAUACUGACAGUUCCGUGCACCACACACCAAGAACUCGCUGAAACAGACUGUUUCAUUGGCUAAUCCCACACAUCAACCAGAAUGCAGGUUAUGUAACAACUCUUCCAGAUCCUAGUGUAGUAAAGACAAGUAAAACAAAAUUUUGAACUAUAAAAAACGAAACGCAAAAUGAUCUAUGUUUUAGUCAGAUUGACAUUUUAUCUGGAUGAUCUGAAAUAAUUUCAUGUCACAUUAAAACCAGAUUGUCAUUUGAGGGAUUUUGAAUCCCUGGCAAACUACAUUGUAAAAGUAAAUUAAAUCGUAAUUUUCGCAACUUUUGGCAUCCUCUCCAGAUGCUAUGAGCAAGCCAGCAUUCCUGUAAGUGCUGGGUGACUCUGUUUAAUCCAACUGAAUCAAAGCAUGGAGAUUAUCUAAAGUUGAUAUUUUGGUUUUGUUUUCCUAAUUACAUGUAAAUGUUAAAUAAUUAUUUUGAAUACAUUUUAGCAUGGAUUAAGCCGUGAAAAAUUCAAUAUUGUCCGAAAAAUGCAAAUGACGAUCAGUUGCUUUCAUUUCAUAUUUUAGAAGUAUUUUGAUAGCGUAAUUAUAAAUUAAAUGGGAAACUAUUAACGGUUGAAUGGGUAAAAUAAAGGUUGAUGCAUAUUGAGAAGGUCCCACACACCAUUAAAUUUUAUUCUGUCUCUUGGGAAUCUACAUGUAUUAGAUUAGAACUCCAGCAGUGGGUUUGCAAAGUUUUUGUUACAUUAUUGGGAAUGUAUCAUAAUUAAUAUUUUUAAAAAAUAGAUCGAUACACACAUCUGUUUAUAUAGUUUUAAUAAUUGAUUAGGAGUUUUUUUUUGUUUCGUUAAUCAAUGUUGAUCCUUAGCCUGUUAGCCUGUUAGAGCAUAAAUAUAUUUUAAUCUGGAUAUCAAAAAUCUCCUUUCUCCAGUUAGAUUCACCCGCUGUCUGUGAUAUUAAUUUUGUGAUAUUAAAUCAUAUUAAUUGUAAUGAGUUAGAUAUUGAUGUUUGAUUUGUUACUAUUUAGAUAUAGAAUGUAUAAUAGAUAUACAAAUGUAAGGUUUAGAUAAAGAGAUGUAUCAAUCGGAUUAAAGUACAGAUCUACAUUUUGUUUCGUUUUUUGAUACUUUCGAUGGCCUACACUACAUGAAGAUCUGAUCAGUUGUACUGGGAGGUCGAGUCAGGGGUCAUACGAGUGCCUUUUGACCCCAUUACAAUAGUCAUUGAUUUAUCAAUCAACGUUGAUGUUUCUAGGGGUUUACCCACAGUUCCGUACUGAGCAUGGCAAGAACUCGCCGUUACAGACCGCUAUUGGCUAGAACGCCUGUCAUAUAACAAUUCUUCCAGAUCCUAGUGUUGUGAAGACAAGUAAAACGAAAUUUUGAACUAUAAAAAAAUGAAAUGAAGUAGGAUCUGUGUUUUAAUCAGAUUGGAGUUGUAUGUUCUUGCUAUAAUAGUUAAUGAAAAAUGAAUGUAUUGAAAAAUUCAGUCAAAUUACUUUAUUCUGAGCAAAGUUAUGAUUUUUUAAAGUUUUGACAAGAAACAGUCGUGAUUGUCAAGUACCAUUGUUACAAUAAUAAACAAAGUCUCGAUUUUCCAUAUUACUGUUUAACGAAGAUAUGGCGGACAUUGUCUAAUCCAUUCAAUAUCUUAGCCAUUUGAUGGUGUAGGGUGUUGAUUAUGGGCUUGUCAUGUGAAUAAAUGUCCAAAUAAUAAUUUAUAUGAAAUUUGAAGCCAGAAAAAAGACCUGCAAUAUGGCAGACAUUGUUUAAUCCAUUCAAUAUCUUAGCUAUUUGUUGGUCUAGUGAUUAGAUUAUAGGCUUUUCAUGUGAGUAUAGGUUUUUCAUGUGUAUUAAUGUCAAAAUAAUGAUUAAUAUGACAUUUGAAGCAAGAAAAAAGACCUGCAAUAUGGCGGACAUUGUUUCAUCCAAUUAAUAUCUUAGCCAUCCGAUGGUGCAGGGUGUUGAUUAUGGGCUUGUCAUGUGAAUAAAUGUCUAAAUAAUAAUUAAUAUGACAUUUGAAGCCAGAAUAAAGACCUGCAAUAGGCAGAUUUAGCUCUUAUAUAAUGUAUCUUUAAGCGACUGGAAUAAUAUUUAUCAGUAUGUUCAGUAUCUUGUAUAUAUAACUCCAAUUAAAUAGGUUAACUUGUACAUAAAUCUUCCAUUAUAUUUUAGUGUGUAUAUAAAUGAAAAGUACAGUAAUUAUUUUAAGAAUAUAUUUCCAGACCUGAUCUCCAAAUAGUUGAUCAUUGUUGACAUUGAGUCAACGGGCAUGGUUGCGAUUUCCUGGUUGAAUGUGAUGUGGGUUUUCUCCUGGUCCUCCGGUUUCCUCCCACUGCUAAAGACCCCUACGCGCAAAUAAAUUAUUGAAAUAAAAAUGAACCACGUGUUAGUUUGUGUCGAGUGGACAUUAAACCCCAUUUCUCUCUCUCUCCCCGCAAUAAUUGUCAAGAGAUUUCUGUUCACUCCAACUUAAUUAAUGAAUUAAAAUGAUUGACAGAAGAAUAGGUUACCCCCAUUUCAAAAAAGAUCUUGUUUUUUUUUGUAGAGAAACAAACAUUACCAUUGAGUUCCCCGAUUUUAAUGUAUCUUAUUGCACCAUUCAUUGAUUAGUAUUAUAUGUAUAAAGUUUUAUCUCAAUUCUUCCUAGUUCUGCCAAAAUUUCUCUUAUUUUCAAUUCAACCAUUUAAGUUACUGCUGAUUGUUGCACAAUUUUAAUGCUAAACUCAAAUCUUUAACAUAAUAAACCAAUAAAGCAUUCCAUUAUAAUAUG